AUAUCUUGUUUGUUUUGUGGCUUGGCAACCAUAAUGCUAUAACACUCACACUUACAGUUUAAUGUACGAUAUAUUUCCAUUGUUUGAAAAUAUUUGUUUUACAUUGCCAUGUGUAACAAUACAACACUGUUAAAAACUUAUUAAAAUUAUUAAAGAAUUGUGCUUACAUCUUUAUAGAACAAACAAUAAUAUCAAUCUAUUGCACAAAAGGAAAAAAAUAUUAAGGUAAAAUAUCAAUAAAUUGUUGUCAUAAUGUCAACAGAUUUUUAUAUACGCUAUUAUGUGGGUCAUAAAGGAAAAUUCGGUCAUGAAUUUCUCGAAUUUGAAUUUAGACCUGAUGGUAAAUUGCGAUACGCAAAUAAUUCAAAUUACAAAAAUGAUACAAUGAUUCGAAAAGAAGCAUAUGUUCAUCAAUGUGUGAUGGAAGAAUUGAAGAGAAUUAUUCAGGAUUCUGAAAUAAUGCAAGAAGAUGAUUCUUUAUGGCCACAACCAGACCGUGUUGGACGUCAAGAACUAGAAAUAGUAAUUGGUGAUGAACAUAUAUCAUUUACUACUUCAAAAACUGGUUCAUUAUUAGAUGUAAACCAAUCACGGGAUCCAGAAGGAUUAAGAUGUUUCUAUUAUCUUGUACAAGAUUUGAAAUGCUUAGUAUUUUCUCUUAUUGGACUUCAUUUUAAAAUAAAACCUAUAUAAAUAUACAAUUAUUAUGUAUUACAAAUUUAAGUAAUCUUAAUUAUUUCAUAUUAAAAAAAUACAUAUGAUUUAUAAUUAA